GGCGCGCGGGAGGAAGGGAAGUGGGGGAGCGGCGAGGAGAGCGGGAGGAUGGAGGAGUGGCCCGAGGGCGGCCGUGAGUGUCAGCACAAUUGUUCUCAUGGAUAUCAUGGAGCUCAAAAGCACCAGGAGCAAUAUAACAGUUCGAGUCAGGCCGCAAGUCCAGAUAAACAUCACAGCGAUCUUGCCUUCAUGGAAGAUUAUAGUAAUUGGGACAUUGUAAGAGCCACACAAUAUGGAAUAAUAGACAGAUGUAAGGAGCUGAUCGAAGCUGGUUAUGAUGUCCGACAGCCUGACAAAGAAAAUGUGACGUUGCUUCACUGGGCAGCUAUCAAUAACCGAACAGAGCUUGUCAGCUACUAUAUUUCGAAAGGUGCAAUUGUGGAUCAGCUUGGUGGAGAUUUAAAUUCAACAGCUCUUCACUGGGCGACCAGACAAGGCCACUUGUCUAUGAUGGUGCUACUGAUGAAGUAUGGAGCAGACCCCUCCUUAGUCGAUAGGGAAGGAUUCACAUGUCUUCAUCUUGCAGUUCAAUUCCAGCAAAUGGCAAUCAUUGCUUACCUUGUAGCCAAAGGUCAGGACGUGGAUGCUGCUGACGUGAACGGACAGACACCGUUAAUGCUUGCAACUUCCAAAAUAAUAGGGCCCGAGCCUACCAGGUUUCUCAUAAAAUUAAAUGCUUCGAUAAAUGCUGUUGACAAAUUGCACAAGAACACACCUCUACACUGGGCAGUAAUGUCGGGAAAUGUGGCAGCAGUGAAUGUGCUGCUGACUGUUGGUGCAAAUGUUGAAGUUAAAAAUGCAAUGGGAGAAACUCCUUUGGGGCUGGCCCAGCAAAACAGAAAUCCCUGGAUCAUCCGCUGUUUGAUUGACGCAAAUAUGCACAGAAGUAGAAGUCAUUUUAUGACAAAAUUUAUCAAGAAUUUUGAAAAGUACAAGCUUCUCCUGUUAUUUGUGAUGUCAGUGGGAGUGAUAUGGGUGACGGGCUACAUAGCAGACAUGGAAUCUGACUCCUGGCUUCUGAAAGGAAUAUUGUUCGUUACCACUUGGUUCAUAAUACAGCUUGUAGUAAGACGGUUUGUGAGUGAGCAGACAUUUAGCUACAUUCCAUUGGCAUUUUUAACAGCGUCGCUCUUUUGGAUGGUCAUUACGUGGUUCAUACGGUUCUUGCCCGAUUUGCCUUAUUCAGAGUUUCAGAUUCCAUUUGCUAUCAGCAUAACAGGUUGUGUCUAUUACUUCUAUAAAUCCUGGUCCGUAGGCCCAGGAUAUAUAAAGUCUUCGGAGGAAGAGAAGAAAAAGACUGUUGUCGCACUUGCAGAAGCAGAUUGCCUAGACCCAAGGAUUUUCUGUACUUUGUGUCUUGUCCGGAAACCUCUCCGAUCUAAGCACUGUCCCAUUUGCGACUGCUGUGUGGCCAAGUAUGAUCAUCAUUGCGCUUGGAUUGCAAGCUGUAUUGGUGCUUGGAAUCAGCGAUAUUUUGUUAGCUUCCUGUUUUUCCUGUUCACAUUCGUUCUCUGGAUGAGCUAUGGAACAUUUGUGUAUUGGUCCUCACAUUGUCCAACCAGCUACGAGAAGGAUGGAUUAUGGGCACUCCUGACCCAAAUUAUUUCAUGUUCUCCAUGGAUAGUUUGGAUUUUUCUCCUCGUGAUAUUCCAUUCCUCAUGGGUUACUUUUCUGUUAUUAAACCAGCUCUAUCAGAUUUUGUACUUGGGUCUAACAACAAGCGAACGGCGCAGUCUGAUGAAAAAUGCACAUUCUGGACGUCUUGGACUUCGGCAAAAUCCAUUCAAUCAUGGCUGUUUCCAGAAUCUAGUGGACUUCUUCCAGUGCCGCUGUUUUGGUCUGUUUAAACCAAGCAAAGUUGACUGGAGUCAGCUUUACACCAUGAGCCUUGAGCAGCCAAGAACAACUCAGUUUCAGUUUGUAUGAUAAGCGUGUGGGGGGAAAUUUGUAAUGAUUUGUAUGUAUAGAUUUCUUGCUUGCGAUGGAAGAUAAGAACGGGCAAAUGUUUCCUAUCAGUUGUAUAAUUCAUGUACAUCUCAGGUGAUAUGUGAUUUCAAUAACUUAAAUUGUGGUUUUGUUUUAAACGUUUUGAGACAUGCUCGGCUUCAGUAAGUAAUGGGGUACUUGUCAAAGAGUAUCAAUGUCAGGGGGUAAAAUGUAAGUCAUAUAUUUGUGAAUAAGAUUAAAAUCAAAUUGAUACUUUAAAAUGUA